CACAUGCAGCUGAAGACUCUCCCAAGAGAAACAACGAUUUAACCAGCUCAGUAACUCCAGACAGGGAACAGAACUAAAUUACUGAACGAUGGAAUGCAUUGGACACUAUAUUUUGCAUUCAGAUGCACUCAAGAAAGACAUAACUUACCCUGACAGUGCUGGCUUUGAUGAACCGGACUGCCCAGAUCUACACGGCAUGAUGUGCCAAUGCGACAUGCAUGAAGACAUCAAACUGGAACCGUCUCCUCAUCCUCACAGCAUGAAGAAGGUGGUGAACAUCAUCAUUGCUGUGGAAAGGUUGAAGCACAUCAAAGAAAUGUCUUCUGGCAAGUUUUGUGAAGAUGCGCUGCUCAGCUUCAUCUUGGAGAAUGUGAUCGAAGAGCGUCUGGUGAAGCCGCUUAAUGUGUCACAGACUUACAGUAAGUCCAGCCGGACCCUGCAGUGCACCAUUUGUGAUAAGUACAAAAAGACCCUGGUGCAGAGCAACAAACUGAACAACGAAGAUCUUCAUUUGAAGGCAGUGACGCUGAGUGCAGGAAACAUUCAAUACAAAGUUCGAUUCAGCAUGUCGACGUACUUAUCCAGUUCUCCACAAAAUAAGGGCCAGCCUGUGUGCCUGGCGAUCUCCAACAGCAACCUCUACAUUGCUUGUACCGAGUCUGAUGGGUCUUCCCCCAUCCUGAUCUUGAAGGAGGUCAGUGGCCCCUUGAACACCAUUAAAGUUGGUGACCCGAACGGGUACGACAGUCUCCUCUUCUUCAGGAAAGAGACGGGCACAGCUUACAACACUUUUGAAUCUGUUAAAUAUCCUGGAUGGUAUAUUUCCACCGCUUUUGAUGACUGGGAGAGGGUGGAAAUGAUCCAGGUGCCAACUGACCGAACCACAAACUUCACACUUGAAGAUUAACAAGCAAUCCUGAGUUAAGAAUCAGAUUCGAUCCAAAAACACAUUUCCAGAAAGUAUGUACCAUGUACAGUUUAUAAUCUGGAUUUGUUCAAACGUUGCAAACCUGAAUGAUUUUAGGCACUCGCUGGCUUUUUAUAAUCAUUUUUAUUUUUUUGCAAUUUAUAAGGUUUGUGUUGGGAAUGGUAAAUUCAUGUUGAAUUUUCCUGAAGUAUGAGGAAAAAUUUUUGCCUAUGUGCUUAAUUUAAUUAUAUUUAAUAUUUAUUUUAAAUUAUUUUUUAAAUCAAGAUUAUUUAAAACUGUAUUGAUUGUAUCUUCUAUUAAAAUAAACCUAUGCUAUGGGUGUAA